AUGGUACCUCAUCCUUUGGACAUCCUCUCAGCCGCGGAGACGAAUGGAGCUCGUGACCUCAUCCUCGAUCUCCACCAAGAUGCUGUUCUGAGCUUUCGUGAAAUUUACUUGGACGAACCGCCAAAGGAGAAACUCAUUCAAUACCUGUUGGCGGAACACUCUGGGAAGGAUGCUGCUCCCAUACCUCGACGUGCCCUAGUGCAGUACGAUGUUAUUGGUGCAGAUAGGGUACCACAAUUCAAUGAAGCUAUUGUCGAUCUCGACCAACAAAAGAGAGUCUCACAUGUUGUAGUUGACAAGUCUCAACAUGCGAGUUUGAUACUCUCCGAAUUUGACACCCUGGUUGAAGUUUGCACAUCGUCUCAGAUGUUCAAAGAUGUCUGUGCCGAAAUCUCGCUUCCAGAGGGGUUUGAAGUCGUCGUCGAACCGUGGCCCUAUGGUGGGUUGUCUCCGGACGAGGAGAAUCGACGCUAUUUUCAAGGCUUGUGCUUCGCUCGAGACACGAGAUCUGGCAACGCUGACUCGAAUUUCUACGCCUAUCCUUUGCCUUUCAUACCUGUCAUGGACGCACACAAGAGAGAGAUCAUCCGAAUCGACCGACUUGCAACUGGUGGCAAAGACGAUGGACUGGAUGCAAAAACACACUCUAAGAAUGUCAUUGGCCAUUGCAAGCGCUCUGAAUACGCACCCGAGCUCCUUGAAAAUGGCACGCGGAAAAACCUCAAGCCUCUCAACGUUCUGCAACCAGAGGGUCCUUCGUUUUCGGUAGAGGGAGGGCUUAUCGAAUGGCAAAACUGGAGAUUCCGCGUGAGUUUCAAUCCUAGAGAAGGUGCUGUCAUCCACGACGUCCAUUUUGGCGGCAGAAGUGUGAUCUACAGGCUGAGCAUCAGCGAAAUGACUGUUCCUUAUGCGGAUCCUCGUGGGCCUUUCCCUCGCAAACAAGCAUUCGACUUUGGUGAUGGUGGAGCGGGAAAUUGUGCCAAUAACCUAUCCCUGGGCUGUGACUGUCUCGGGGUUAUCAAAUACUUCGAUGGAAUCGUCACUGGACCAGAUGGCACCGCCAAACCCGCACCCAAUGUUAUUUGUCUUCACGAACAAGACAACGGCAUCGGCUGGAAGCACACAAAUUGGCGGACAGGACGUGCUGUCGUAACAAGAUACCGUGAGCUGGUUGUUCAGUUCAUCAUUACCCUCGCCAAUUACGAAUACAUCUUCGCAUACAAGUUCGACCAGGCUGGUGGGAUUACCGUUGAAACUCGUGCAACUGGCAUUGUGUCAGUCGUAAAUAUCGACCCAGGAAAGACAAGUGCAUAUGGGAAUGUCGUGUCACCUGGCGCAUUGGCACAGAAUCAUCAGCACGUGUUCUGCGUUCGCAUCGACCCUGCCAUCGACGGAUACAAAAACACAGUCUUGGCAGAAGAGUCACACCGUGUGCCAAUCAACAAGAAAACGAAUCCGCAGGGGAACUUUUACGAAGUUCGGCAGACCGUCAUUGAUCGAAGUCAGUAUCUGGACGCUGCCCCGCAGCAUAAUCGGGUGAUCAAGAUGAUCAACAGGAGUAAAAUAAAUCCUAUAAGUGGGAAACCAGUUGGGUACAAAUUUACACCAGCUGCGACACAAUUGUUGCUUGCCGAUCCCCAGUCUGUCCAAUCUAAACGGGCAUUAUUCGCACAGCAUCAUGUCUGGGUGACCAAACAUCUAGACGGCGAGCUAUACGCAGGUGGCAAAUAUACAUUGCAGAGUCAAAACGAAAUCGGUGGAGUUGCUGACGCUGUGAAGCGUGAUGAAGCCAUCGAGGACGAGGACGUCGUUGUGUGGAAUGUGUUUGGGCUCACCCAUAACCCCAGAGUGGAGGAUUGGCCCGUCAUGCCAGUUGAAAUCCAUCAACUGCACAUCAAGCCUACAGAUUUCUUCACCGAGAACCCAGCGAUUGAUGUACCGUCAACGAAGAACGAAGCAUCCGUGUUGACAGAUGGAAGUGUGCCUCUUCGAAAGGACUGCUGUACUGGGUAG